AUGGAGGAAGGAACUCCAUUUAUGCUCCGGCCCUCGGACAGCCUGCUCUCCGUCCUCUCUCUGCUCCUGUACCUGCUGGACGUGGCGCUGGACGCCUGGGCGGUGGUGUCCCUGGCUCAGGAGGAGGAGUACGUCCUGAUGGCGCUGCUGAUCGUCCUGCUGCUCGGCUCCUCGGUGCUCCUGCAGGUCUUCAGCUGGACGUGGUACUCGGAGUCCGCCGGGGACCUGACCACCUCCGUGGAGAAGUUCACCCAGAGGAGAGGACUAAUGACUCCGCUUCACGUCCUCCAGCUCGGAGUCUUUCUCAGGUUCGCUGGGCUGCUGGAGAGCUCGAUCUUCAGCUUUCGGCAGGAAAACACCUUCCAUGAAGGCGUCGCCGUGCACCUGAGCCACGAUCUGAGCAUGCUCCGUAUGUUCGAGGCGUUCGCCGAGAGCGCUCCACAGCUCGCCCUCAUGAUGGUCAUCGUCAUCAGGAGUCGGAAGCUGCAGCUCUUCACAGUGGUGAAGCUCCUGGGUUUGCUCGGCGCGCUGACCUUCACUAUGCUGUCCUACCAUCGCAACAUGCGAGCGUUCGUCCCCGACAAGUUGAAGAUGGGAUGGUUCUCCUCCGUCGUCUACUUCCUGUGGAACCUGCUCCUGAUCGGGCCGCGGGUGCUCUGCGUGGCGCUCUUCGCCUCCGUCCUGCCCUGCUACGUCCCGGCUCACUUCCUGUCCCUGUGGACGCUGCUGCUCGUCUGGGCCUGGUGGCAGAACACGGACUUCAUGGAGACCAGAGCUGGAGAGUGGCUGUACCGUGCCACGGUGGCGCUCAUCUGGUACUUCAGCUGGUUUAACGUGUCGGACGGGAGCACGAAGCUCAGCGGAAUCGUGUACCACACGUUCACCGGGUUCGACACCGCGCUGCUCCUGGGAUUAUGGUUCUGGAAGAGAUCGGUGGAGUCCGCCCGCCUCGGUCCGCCACUCAUCGAGCCGUACGUCCUCAUACCCGCGAUAGCGCUGGUCUACGCCGCGGGACUCGUCCUGAAACUGGUUUACUACUGGAAAUGCCACCCGAACCAGCCGCCUCUGGAGCUCGUCAAGGAGCCGAGGCUGGAAAUGCACGCGUGUGUGAGGGUUCCGGCAAACCUCGAGACCGACUCCAACGAGACGGAGACGACCACGCCCGCCGGAGAACCCGAGACCACCGGGCGCAGGAGGAUGAGACACAUGGCGGCUCAUUUUUACUGUUAGGAUGCGCCGGUCACAUUCAGGAGAAUCCGCUCGCUGCACCGUUAAUAACUAAUAACAUUUUAUUUAUUUAUUUAUUAUUAUUUUUAAAUGCAGUAAAUGAGCAUGAGGUCAAAAGUUUACAUACAUGCAUCACUGCACUCAUGGGAAUUAAUUCCCUGGAUUUCCUUCCUGUUACCUCCCAAAUUAGUCAUAUCCAAGUCUUCAUGAUGAAUCAGCUGCUGCUUGCACAAUCCUCGAUCUGAUCAAAAAGAGUCAGACACAGAGAUCGUAUAUUGCAGCAACAGCGGGAAGAGAUGCCAUCCGACCUUCCCUCCCUCAGCCACGCCCGUGUUUUCACCUGUGUGGACGCCUGGCCAGGCUGGUAGCUCUGCCCAGAUUCAAAUUCGUGGCACAGUGGCCGCACUCUUGGGUGGUGCAGCAGGCUGUUCCGGGUUCGAAUCUCAGCAGUGCCACUCACACCAACAUGACUGGCUUGGAUGGCUUGAUGCCCUGUCCAAGGUAUUCCUGCCUUGAGCCCAGUGUAUCCAGCUGGCACAGCUACACUCUCACCUCACAGCGAGUUUGCAUGUUCUCCCCAUGCCUGUGUGGGGUACAGAAUCUCCCGUCCCGGGUUUAUACGAGGGAUUCUUGUAACCUCGGGGUAUUGAGGACGACUGACCGGGAGGAAACGUUCAAAAAUGAAGCACAAUGCUGCAGAACGACCACAGACGUCCUCGAGCUGGAUUUGUUCAUGGUUAUAGACGGUAUUAUUUCCACCGAGUGUUCAGUAAUUAUAAAAACGAUGAAUAUUUGUUUACUGAACACUGAAAUGCUGCACUAAAUGUUUCCAGAUUAUUUAUUUUGAUAAUAAAAGCACUUUUAUUUGUA